GUUGAGUGAUGUGAUGCAAACGAGGUCUGACAGGCUCUGUAAAUAGUGUUCUAUUGCAGCCAGUCUUUUACCCCAUGAUGAACUAGUUAUUUCUCCACUCCCUCCGCUACCCAGCGUUUCUCCGUUUGCUUUGUUCAUUGCCCAUUAGAAAUUUGUUUUAGAAUACAAACGUUCAGAGUCAUAACUUCAAAGCUUGAGCAUCAUACCGACAGACUCCACACAGCUACGGUGCCCAAUGAGCGUGAGCCUACUAAUCGAUUUGCAUUGACAACAGGCAUCAGGUACUUCCGCUCAAAGAGAACUAGAGUGCAGAGGAAUUUUUAGCGAUAUUUGACAACAUGGCUAUCCGAAAGCAAAAGCAUCUAUUUUUGAUGUAUUUGAUGUCGCGUGACCAGCUAACAUGUGAUGUACUAGAUAAUCUCUGUAGUUUGUUAGAGGUUUUCACUGACAGUCACACUCACUACACCUCCAUUUUGUUCACCAAGGCCAACCAUUUGAGUUUGACUAGUUUGAAACCCAUGUGUGUACUGACGCUUCGCCAAAUUUCCGAAGCGCCUUUGGAGCACGGUUUUAAUGUGAAUCCGCGAAAAAGAUGAAGGGGGAGGGAGGCAAGAUCGAUAGCGACCCCCGAGCGGGUCGGCUCGCGGAGCAUGGAUGGUCGGCGCUGAAGGUGCUCGGAAAGGGCCAAUUUGGUGUUGCAUGCUUGGUAAGGCCAGGAGUUGGGAACCCGAAAGCCGAAGUCAUUAGAAGGGACGACCAAGGGGGCACUUUUGCAGUCGCAAAGAUGAUAUCCCUAGACUUCUUGUCGGAGAAAGAUAACCUACAGUUACGAAGAUCAUGAUCAUGGAUGUAAGGGUUUCUAUUACUACUUUCCAAAUCUUCUCACUUUUUGUGUGAAGUUUGCAAUAUUGCACGCAAAUUGAUGCAGCUCCUAGUUCAUCUGAGUGCAAUCCUACUAAGUACAGAUAGUUUAAUUGUGAGGGAGUUACAUCAUUGUGAGUAGAAAAGCGAGCUACUCUGCCUCUAAUACCAGCCGGACAGGAGGUGAUGCUGUUGAAGCAGUUGAAUCAUCCCAAUAUCGUUGCCUACUACGACCACUACUUGGCUGAGAACCCGAUUCGAGAGCUCGUGAUCUUGAUGGAAUUUUGCGAGGGCGGUGAGCUGAGGCAGAAAAUCAAGGACGCAGCGAAAGAAAAGACGCUGUUCAAGGAAGUGCAGAUCAUGCGGUGGUUCUGCCAGGCGCUUUCAGCCCUCACCUACGUACACAAGAGGCAUAUUCUGCACCGAGACUUGAAGAGCUCGAACAUCUUUCUCAAGCUCGGCGACAGAGACUGCGCGAUUGGGGAUUUCGGUAUUUCUCGAGUGCUUGAAGGCACCAUCGACGCGGCGGCAACCGUGGUGGGUACGCCGUACUACAUGUCACCAGAAGUGUGUCGGUCUGAGCCGUACUCGUAUAAAAGCGACAUCUGGAGUCUGGGCUGUGUGCUGUACGAGAUGUGCAUGCUGAAGCACGCGUUUGAGAGUGAAAAUCUUCUUGGCUUGGUGUACAAGAUUGUGUCCGACCGCUACGACCCCAUCCCGUCCGCAUACACACAGGAUUUAGCAGCUUUGAUUGCACGGCUGUUGGACAAGAGUGCGCACUCUCGACCGAAAGGCGACGACGUGAACGCCAUCGCCUUUGUGCGAAAACACAUGAGCCAGCUGGAAGGCGGCGGCGGAUUAGGGGGAGGGGCGUCAAACUACAACAAGCGGAAUCAGGUGGGCAGCGACAUUUUCUCGGACCCAAGAAGCGGUGGACCUUCGACCACAACCUCCUCGAGAAGAAGUGGCCAGCAGCAGGAGUAUACGAAACGCGUUGCGCCGUCACUAGGACCGGGCGCGCAGAAAAAACGAAAGCCAACACCGCUGAACUUCGACAAACCGCCAGCAGAGCAGCCCCCACGCAGCGCGGAACAGCCUAGAGCUGCUGCAGCAGGGAGUGCGACUCCAGGAGCCCGAAGUGAAGCAGCAGGCCGUGCGUAUGAGCAAAGAAGGCAGUGGGGUGGGAACGAGCAGCCCCAGUCCUCACACUCUCCAUCACCCCAGGGCUCCCCAAGCUACGUAAAUCACGCGGCGCCAGCUCCAGCGGCAGUCCCGCCAGAUCCCAUCAAGGCGCAUACAACGCGGGAGGAUGAACAGCGACUAAUCAUAAACUUGAUGAUGUUAUGGCUGUUGUUUUUGUUUUCCUCUUUUUCAUCCGUGGUAUCACUUAUACUUACUGCUUUGUACUACAACAUCACCUUUUUUCUCAAAUUCAUUGAGUAGAGACGAGGUGUGAGGAGUAACGAUACACUUCGCUUUAUGUUGAAUGCUCCUGAAGACUCUAAUGCUUAGUCGCGUUCGAAAGGAGGUGGUAGCACAAAAGCUGAAUUGGAUGCAUGUUUUUGCGAUGUUUGAUCGGAAGAGUGAAGGAAUCUUGAACGAACCCGAUUUCAACCGUGCUAUGACUGCGAUGCAUUUAGGCCUCUCGCAUCAGGAGAUCAAAGACAUUUUCGUGUCACUGCGAGGAGAGCAGGGCCCGACAGAGAAUCCUGCCGUUUCGAAUGCGGUGCAAGUGUCGGCCUUCGCAAAAGCAUUGAAUAGCAUACCCCAGAGUGUGGGUCUGCUGCAGGACUGGGCCAACACACAGCUCUUAGAAGUUGGGAAGGUGGCGCUUCGAAGCAACAACGCGAAUGUCGUGACGAAAGGCGCGAAAGUACGCAUUUCCGGUCUACGAAAUAGUCCACAGCUGAAUGGCCUGGAGGGCAUGGCAACGAACUGGGACCCAACCGCGUGUCGCUGGAUUAUCCAACUGCAGGAUGGGGACUUAAAAGCCAUCAAAGACGCGAAUCUCCAAGUAGUGAAUACGGGGCCCUCGCCUGCGGAUCAGGCUGGCGGCGAAGGCAACGAGCUGAAUCAGAGUCGAACGCCGAGUGUGGCCCUCUAUCAGAAAAUCUGCGGUAGCGACCCAUCAGGCGUAGUAGCGGAGAAGGCAUUUUUGGACUGCCUAGCUGAAGUUGUAACGGGCGAGCGCGACCGACAGCGCAUGCUGGCUCUAGCGCCAAAGAACGUUGAGGGCUACGUAGAUGUGAGAGCUCUUUUGGCAGAUGAGCACUUCGUAAAGUUGAGCGGCGGUCGACCACCACAAGCGGAGGGCAGUAGUUCUGGAGGCCAACCACCCUGCGCUAGUCCGCGGGCAGGAGGCAAGGCAGGACAGCGGUACGCCGCUCCAGGACCAGCACCUUCCGGACCGACCUUCCCUUCGUCGCCCAGUAGGCAAGGACCCGAUACUCAGAGACCAGGCACGAUGCCACCUAUUAUGCUUUAUUCACUUAAUAUUGUGUACACCCACGAGAGGGGACGUCCUUGAUCCCAGGCGACUCCCCGCCUACCUUGUCUACGUGGUCUAGUAGAUAGUGUGUUGUGCCUGCAUCGACCUGUCCUUCGUAUCCCUUUUCCUGUUCUCGUUCUGCAUAAAUGAUGGACGUGUUAUUUCUAAUCUGAUCCCUAGUGCCGCUCCUGUGGCACCGCCACCUGGCGGCGUGCCGUCAACACCGGCCCGAGGAAGCACCACAUUGCCGAGUAGUGCAGCGAACGAUAGCAGCGGUAGCAGCACCGUCAUACUGUUCUGGCGCUUAGCUCAGCGACUCAACAACACAAGGACAAGUCUGCGAGCUGUGCUAUCUCUCUUUUCCCCUGGAAUAUCAGCAAAAGCGGGGAAUACCGGUCCUGGCAUCGAUAACAAAUUGCGGGCUGACGAGCUUUUGGAAGCGGUGAGUACAAUGCCAUUAGGGCUGAGUCGUGUAGAAGCGCACCGCAUCUUCACAAGUCUGGCUCCCGGAGGCGACGGCUCAAAAACAGCGCCGAUCGAGAGGUUGGAGAAGGGCAUCGCGUCAACAGCCGAGCGCUACGGCACACAAGCGCCAGGCUGCCCCGACAAUUUUGACCGCAUUCAUUUUAAUGCCCUUAACGCAGAGUGCCUCAGUGCCGAUCCGGAAGAGUCAGGCUUUCUUCCACCGCAGACAUUCCGCAUGCUGCUGAUGCAAACCGAAGCAUACCUCACCGGCUCUGAGCUAGAUUGGAUUAUAUCUGUCACCGAUAAAGACGGAGACGGAAAUCUCGAGUACGCCACACUCUCUUGGAGAAAGACACCGACGCAGAAUUAUAGGCCAAGGUACCUUGUUUGAUAGAGUCAGUGCUUACUUGAAUUAUCUUCACUCGACCAUUAUCCAACCUCGGUUUACUUCAGAAGUUCCCAUGUGAUUUCAGGAAUACUACUUUCUCCCUCGCUACAACAGGUGGCUCCCGCCCACGUUUAUCGUGCAUCAGUUGAAACAUGUGCAGCGCGUAGCUCCGAGCCUGCCAGCCGACUACGUACAGCGCGUACUUCUGGCGAGGUUGCAUAAAAUAGUUCAGGAUAAGCAAGGCGAGGGCAUGCGGCCGUGCAUCACUUUUCUCUUAGACGUGUUGAGCCUCUUUCCCGACGGCGAAAAAUAUGUGGCGGAACAGCGUUUCGGCGCCACACUCGGCAUGCUCCUUGGGUAUCUCCCUUUUGGUUUUAGCAAGGACGAAGCUGCUUUUUUAACAGAGAAUGCAGGUGGCAAAGGCAUAAUGGCCGCACUCAGUGCUGCGAGUAGCGGCACCGUUUUAGCCGAGAUUAGUCAGUGGGCGAAGAGCAAGAUCGGUCCGCACACACAGGCACUGCGAAAGGCAAUGGUAGAUCAGUACACGCAUGCGAACGACGAAUGGUUCAUGGUGGAUGAGCUCACCAGCUGCCUACUGCUGGCCGAUAACUCUCUGAACGACAUGGAUCUGGAUCGAUUUCUGCUACUCGCGGACAAGAAUUUCGGCGGCAAGCUGUUGGCUGUCGACUUUUGGCGCAAGGUCGCUCCCGGGGAGAGUACGUUCCUCACGGGAAUCACAGGGAAAAACACAACAGCACGUACUGCGACGAGUGGAAGCGGCGGAGCGGGAGCAAUCAAUCCAGUGCCCUCGCAGGGUGGAGACUCGCAGGGGGGAGGUUACCGGAAGGGAAAAACACGCGAUGAUGUCGACAGGAGUAGACGGAGCCGCAUCUGCCCAUGCUUAGGAGGUAGAAACCCUCAGGAUGGAGGCUAGAAUGAAAUAUACAGACCGAUUGAGAACAUCUGCCGGAUGUGGAUGCUCUUCCCUUUGUGUGACAAAGUAAAUCUGUAGUACCAAAUCACCAUUUCAACAUAUCAUGGCCGUCAAAAAGAAACUGCUGCAUUGACUCAGUCCACACAACUUCGCUUAGCUCUAGGUCAAUUAUCAUGUUAAUGUACGUGUACCCCAUGACUGAAAUCAACGAAAUGUAGUCGAAGGAUUAGAUAUUGCACAGGUUUAUUUGUACAAAAGUUUUAUCCACAUGCGCAAUUCCAAGUAUCAGGCAGUGCCCCCACACUACACCCACUGUAAUUGUGUCAUAAUCUCCUUACAUCACAAGCGCAGUUUGAACUCAGAAGCCAGUUCUUACCAUAGAUAAAGACAGAAAAAUUGCAAAGAUAUGUUUUAUCGCCGAAACCGAAACGAGAUAUGUCAUGUAGUAAACCAGUUUCCUCUUAUCCAUUUUGAAUAUAGCUUUCCGAACAUCUAGGUUUUGACAGGUACGCGUUCUAAUCUAUCUAGUUUUGGCCUCGUCUAACGAAAGCGAGAAGUUGUCAGUACAACUUUCGCAAGAAGUUAGUAGUUGUUUACAUUAAAGUGACGCAAGAAGUAUGCCUGAGUGACGCUAACAUCAUCCACUGUCCAUCGUAUCUAUUGACCAUCCACAGUAAUGUCCAGCUUCAAUUACAUCAUAAAUUUAUAUUCAGCGAAUCAAUAUUCCACUUUUGAAUCUCGUCAAUGUGAUGAUUGAUAAGUAACUUUGCCGACCACUGAUUUCGUUGUUGUACAAUACCGAAAUUCCUUGCAAGAUACGAAGCCAAUUUCCCAUAUGUUCUGGUGUGCGGACGCCCCGCGCAUCCCUCCGACAUGCCAG